CCGGCGCUCUGUGUGGCCGCGGCCAUGAAGCCGCAGCCGCCGGGCUAGGCCCGCGGCGGCUCGAGCCCAGGGCGGCCUGCUGGGGGCUGGGCCCGCUCGCCGGCUCCGGUUACCGGGCCGGAGGGUGGCCGCUCACCAUGCCCGGCAAGCACCAGCACUUCCAGGAACCCGAGGUCGGCUGCUGCGGGAAAUACUUCCUGUUUGGCUUCAACAUUGUCUUUUGGGUGCUGGGAGCCCUGUUCCUGGCCAUUGGCCUCUGGGCCUGGGGUGAGAAGGGAGUUCUCUCGAAUAUCUCAGCGCUGACAGAUCUGGGAGGUCUCGACCCAGUAUGGCUGUUUGUGGUGGUUGGAGGUGUCAUGUCUGUGCUGGGUUUUGCAGGCUGCAUUGGAGCCCUCAGGGAGAACACCCUCCUGCUCAAGUUUUUCUCUGUGUUCCUCGGCCUCAUCUUCUUCCUGGAGCUGGCAACAGGGAUCCUAGCCUUUGUCUUCAAGGACUGGAUUCGAGACCAGCUCAACCUCUUCAUCAACAACAACGUCAAGGCCUACCGGGAUGACAUUGACCUCCAGAACCUCAUUGACUUUGCUCAGGAAUAUUGGUCUUGCUGCGGAGCCCGAGGGCCCAACGACUGGAACCUCAAUAUAUAUUUCAACUGCACUGACUUGAACCCAAGCCGGGAGCGCUGCGGGGUCCCCUUCUCCUGCUGCGUCAGGGACCCUGCGGAGGAUGUCCUCAACACUCAGUGUGGCUACGAUGUCCGGCUCAAAGUGCUUUUCCCUAGACUUAGAGAUUCAGUGCUGAUAAGACAGAGUCCCUGUGCUUGUGGAGGGAGAAAGGCACCAAGCUCAUGGAUACAUAAGACAGUCACGUGCCAAUUUUGGCUGAGAAGCUGGAAGGAGCUGGAGCAGCAGGGCUCCAUCCACACCAAAGGCUGUGUGGGCCAGUUUGAGAAGUGGCUACAGGACAACCUGAUCGUUGUGGCUGGCGUCUUUGUGGGCAUCGCCCUCCUCCAGAUCUUUGGCAUCUGCCUCGCCCAGAACCUCGUGAGUGACAUCAAAGCAGUGAAGGCUAACUGGAUCAAACAUGAUGAUGGCUACAAACUACUCAGAUAAAACUUUGAAAACCACUGGCUUGUGCCGACCAACUUGGAGGUUCUGUCAGCUGUGGGACCUCAACAGAGCUCUCCAGUGAGGGCCUUUGGCCCAGACCCAACCUCUCUACAAGGUGUCUUUGGCCUGGGUAGUUUGUGCAUUUGAGACAACCUUUAAAAUUUGGUACAUUUCACAUAGAAGUCCAGAUUCCUUGCUUCUCUUGAAGAAUGACCAUUGGGCCACACCAGCUCUUCAGUGGCAGCAUUACCUGGGACAUAAAGCUUCCUUGGUCACUGAGGUCCCGCCUGGCCUAUUCUCACCUAAGUGCCCUGCCUCACCCCCAGUAGGCUGGGAGUUGGCUUCCCCUGCCUCUGGAUUAUUCCCUGAAAAUGUCACAAAGCUACUGUGGCCAAGAUUCCAGCAAAGCACAGGGAUAUGAAGAACCGCGAUGCUGGACCCCAUCCCGCAGAGGGUCUACCUGGAAGGAGUCUGGCCCUGCUGGGGACUGAGGUGGGUGAGAGAAUGCCCAGGGAAUGGCUGAGUGGUGGGAUGGGAGUCAAGAAGAUUUUGCAAAGGAAGCAACUGGAAGCCCAAAAUAUGGCCCCAUGGAGUUGAAAGGAACCUGUUUUGGGGUUGGUUCCUGGGCUUGGAAUCGGGUUUGAAAAUCUUCCCUGUUGCCUGCAGAGCUAUCUGGUGGCCACCAGAGGGCGCUCCAGCACAGCAUUCCGUGGGUCUGGCUUCUUCCUCUCGAAACCUCGCUCACCCCAAUGGAGCCAAGGGCCUACCCUGCUUAUUAGUGCUUCCAGGCUUGCAGAUUUGAAAACCUUUAAAGAAGCAAACUAGCUCAGGCUUGGGAAGUCUGCCUCUUAUGUGAAGGGGUGUGUGUGGAAUGACUCUGCCGUACCCCUUCCUGGGCCACAGAUGAAGAGGGGGAGGUGGCAGGCUAGUACAGAGGUCUGGAUUUCAGAGGCCCUCGGGCCUGGUGGAUUAUACAAGUGAGUGAAGAUGGUUUUAGAGUCUGAGGCCUGCUUCAGUCUGACUUGACCACCUGAAGACCAGACACAGAGACAUUGUACUUUGUGACAAGAGGAACGUUUGUGCAGUCCAGUUGAAAAUGGCAACUUGCCUUGGAGAACAGUAUGUCAUGGGGGCUGUGGCAAAAUACAGGUCUUCAUCUUAAGGUGGUAGCUGCUAUUCAGUUGUGGCUGGCUCCUGUGAUAUGGGAGCCGGCAGAAAUACAGAGAAGCCACAAACCCAGAUUUUGAUGUGAGAUAGUCUGGAUUUUAAGUUGUUGGCAACUAGUUAAAAAAAUCAACUCUGUAAGCCAAACAAACAGCAUAGGGCCCAACUUUGGUCUCUGUGCCACCGUAGAUCCCUUGGGGACAGUCCCCACUGGGGCCUGGCUGCUUAGCCAUUCAGAUGUGCUGGGAGCUGCUGUCAUGCAGCAGGUGUGAGGCACACACCCAGCACUGUUGUUCACCGCGCAGGCUGGACGGGGCCCCAGGGUUCCUGACAGGCAUUGACUGGGUGUUUUGUUCAUGCUACAAUAAAUGCAGCUCAAAAUA